AAAAUAACGUCACUCUACUACUCCUACACCAGCUCACUGCUGGAGGUGUCUGACGGGAUAAGACCUCAUCCCCUUCCCGCCCAUCUCUUAGCUCUCUUAGUUUCAGUUUUAGUAGUUUUUAAUGAUAUUUUAAUCUAUGCAACUUUAAUAUUUUAAUUAUCUUUUACUUGUUUUAUAACUUGUAAGCCACCCUGAGUCAUCUUGCAAGGGAGAUGGAUGACAUAAAAACUGAAUAAACACAAUCUGAAUUUAAAUCAAAUUCAAAUGUUCAUUGGGUAUUUUUUUCAACAACUGACCGAUAGAGUUGCCGUCGCUUUAAGGAAGAACUGGAACAGAUCCCAGCCGGAACUGUGUGUCGCUUUCCUUGCGCAACUUUAUUAAGGGAACGGGGAGGAGCGGACAAUAUUUAAAGCAAAACAUUUAGGGAGUCAAGCUGCUUGGCUACAGGGAGGGCUUCUCUUCUUAUUCCGGCGACGAUGCUGCUUCUCAUCUUCCAACAAUGCAUGAAAUUCCUCACCCUGCCCAUCCAUGUGCUUGCCUAUUUUGGCUUAUGGGACCGUAUUUCUAAAAGAACUUUCCCAGCUUUCAUGAUGGCAUCGAGCAAAGUCUACAAUAUAAGAAUGCACAAGGAAAAGGAGACGCUGUUCAAGAACCUGCGGGACUUCGCCGACGACUCGGGAAAGCUCCACCUGCUGGAGAUUGGCGUGGGCUCCGGCACCAAUUUUCAGUUUUAUCCACCCAAAUCGCGCAUUACCUGCGUGGACUACAAUCCCAACUUUAGAAACUUCCUCCUGAAGAGCAUGGCUCAGAAUACGCACCUGCAGUUCGAGAAUUUUGUGGUCGGCUCUGCCGAGAACAUCUCUUCGGUACCGGACGGCUCUGUGGACGUGGUGGUUAGCACGCUGGUGCUUUGCUCUGUCAAGAAUACCCAGGCUGUGCUGAAGGAGGUUCUGCGAGUGCUCAGACCGGGUGGUGCAUACUUUUUCAUAGAACAUGUAGCAGCUGACAGAUCAACCUGGACCUACUUCUGGCAACAAGUCUAUAACCCUACCUGGGGAUAUUUGACAGAUGGGUGUUCCGUGUUAAGAGAGAGCUGGAAAUAUAUCGAGAAUGCGGGGUUUUCUAAACUGAACUUGCAACACAUCAGAGGCUCAUUGUUCAUAAGUAUAGUUUCUCCCCAUAUUUAUGGAUAUGGUGUGAAGUAAUUGUUCAGUCUGGAGAAAGCAUCUUUCUCUUAAAAUCAGAUUUCUGAAUUUAAGGAAUUAACAGUAACAAUGCAUAUGCUGCAAUAAGAAAAGGAUUUCUUCUAUUCUAUAUGAUUCGGAGUAGAGAAAAGUUCCUAAACGUUCAGGCUGCACUAAGCCUCAAUGGUACCUUGGAUCAAAUUUGGAGGGAGGGCAAAUAAUAAAUGUAAAAAUUAAUUUAAAAAAACAAAAGACCAUGUAGGGGGAAAGCCCCCACCAUUUUGCUGUGGCAUCACUUAGACACCAUGUCAGCUGCCCAAGAAGGAUAGCUCGAGGAGGCCUUUUUGGGGGGGGGUAUUACUCAUAACCUGUGUGGAGUUCUCUAGUAACAAAUCGGUAAUGGAAAAAGCUCUAACUUAAGCACAAGCAGAGCAAGGAACCUCUGUUUAAUAGUACUUCAGGCAGAAGCCUUUGUUGGCUUUUAGGAGAGGCCUACACAGAAAGACUUUUCUCAGCUUCUUACUGCCUGUACUUGUAGAGAGGGUAAAACUGCAUAUAUUGACAUGGGAUUAGACUGAAAGCUAAGGCUUAGCAUUUAGAAACUGAUAAUGUUGUAUCAAAGCUUGCCAACUGCUGAAUUAUGUAUUAUCUCCUAGUUUUACUUAUCAUGCUUUUCAUUUUCAAUAAAAAAGGGUUUGAGGUUUUUUUUCUCUCUCUCUCUCUGGUGAA